GACAAAAGAUAAUCGUUGGUAAUGCGAUAAUGUCAAGUUUUUCGGUUGGAGAAGGGGAAGGGAUAGGUUUAUCCCCUCUCUGAACCGGCUAGCAUAAGAAUGAUUACUAUGGAAAAAUUUACGCGGGAACAUUAUCGAAUACUUACUCAUUCUUACAGAAAAACCUUUGUCGUACUGGCAAGGAUGACCAGCCCUUGUAAGAUGUACGCGAGACCGUUUACGGUGUGCGUAGAGGGAAAUAUAGGAAGUGGAAAGACAACUUUUCUAACUCAUUUUAAACAAUUUGAUAACACUACGGUUUUACAAGAACCAGUGGAACUUUGGCGGGAUGUCGCUGGGACAAAUUUAUUGGAACUGAUGUACAAGGACCCAAUGAGGUACAGCUUCUUGUUCCAAUCAUAUGUACAAUUAACGAUGUUACAGCUUCACACGUUUAAGUCUCCAAUGCCGUAUAAAAUCAUGGAGAGAUCAGUAUUCAGUGCAAGGUGUUUUAUAGAAAAUAUGAAACGUACGAAGCUAUUAAGAGACGUAGAAGUAGUUGUUCUAGAAGACUGGUACGAGUGGUGUAUACAAAAUGCUAAAAUAGAAACUGAUUUAAUAGUAUACUUGAGGACAACGCCGGAAGUUGUUUAUCAAAGGAUGAAGGAAAGAGCGAGGAUGGAGGAAAACAGUGUAUCACUGGAAUACUUGAAGCAACUACAUAGUAUUCAUGACGAUUGGCUUUACCACAAAACAUUGUUCACUGUACCAGCGCCAGUCAUGGUUUUGGAUGGAAACAAAAAUUUAGAAGAGAUGAUCGUGGAUUUUGAGAACUGCAGAGAUGAGAUUUUCGCUAAUAAACAUACAUCGAAAAAAGGUAUUACUGCGGUUUCGCCGAUGAAACCAGGAAUCACAGCAGGUUUUCGGGCCGACGAGUAAAUUAAUUUGUUCUUUAAGCAUUGUGCACAUUACGUUUAUGUUUGAGAGCACGUGUUGUUAAAUAUAAGAACUGGAAUUGAA